AUUUGUGAACAUUAUCAUUAGUAUUUUCCUCAUAAAUAUUCUGUAUUUACUUAAUAUUAGUUAAUUUACUGUUUGUGAAUAAUUGUGAAAGUAAGACCUUUAUUCAGAAUAUAUAUUAUUGAUUGACUGUAUUGAUAUGACUGUACCUUAUAUCUUUGCCACAAUGUACUACAAUUAUUGACAUUUAAAAAUAAAAAUAAACAAUAGUGUUGAAAGAUCAAUGUUAUUAAAUAACAUAAUUAUCACAUUGCAUGGAAAAGUAAAAAAAAGUAAAAGUAGCAUCUGAAAGUUUCUGUUCUCUUGGCUACCAGUUUUUGGCAAUUUAUUAAAUUAUUUAGUAAAACUUUAAUUUUACACAAUGUCUCAGCAUUCAGAAAAAGAGUGUAUUGACGCUAGCACAACAAAUAUUGAUCUUUGCACAUCUCCUUUAAAUAAGUUUGUAUGGAAUAUGGCUAACACAAGAGUAUUAUUAGAUUUAUGGAAAGAUAACUACAAAGCAUUAACAUCUGCAAGAAGAAACACAAAUAUUUACAAACAAAUGGCAGCUGAAUUUUCAAACACAUUUAAUAUCGUACCUCCGUUAACUGGAUAUCAAAUUCAAUCUAAAAUUAGUAAUUUGAGGAAGCAAUUUAGACGAGAAAAACUUCAAGUUGGUUCAUCGGGAGAUGCUCCUAGUAAAUGGUGGCCUUACGAUAUUGUUGCCAAAAUAAUAGGUGGUGAAGCUUCCCUUGACAAUGACCUUUUAUCUCAAAGUCAAAACUUUUCUACUCAAGAUUUUCAAGGUGGUCAGAUUGCCAGAAUGGAAGAUGGCAAGGAGACUGUCAGUAUUUUAAAUAUUGAAGCUUUGGAUGAUACAAGUGAUGUGCAAUCAAUUGUCACUAUUCCUGAUGAGGAACUAACUCAAUCUACAUCCAACUGCAAUAAACGAAGGAACUCUGAUGAUAAAAAAACUUUGAAUAAAAUAGCAAAAACUGAACCGGUGAGAAAAAAUAAAAAAACAAAUUUGUCUUCUGAAUAUUUAAAAUAGCAAAUAAAAAUCUAGAUGUUCAAAUCCGUUCACAAGAGCUACGAAUCAGAGAGGUUGUUGCUUUAGAGCGUAUUUGCGAUGCAAUUGAAAAUGCAUCUAAAGCCCAAGUAGAUGUGUCUAAAGCCCAAGUAGAAUAUUAUAAAUUUUUAAUAAAAAAAUAAGGUGUUCUAUUAGUCAAGAUAUCUUUUUAGUAAUUAUGUUAAAGUUGAAAGGUCAGUAUUUUUUCAACAGUAUACCUUGUUUACAAUUCUAUGCAAUAUAUAUUUCAUAAGGUUUUUCAAUGUUUUAA